UGUCAAUCCCAGCCCUGGUAAAAACAGUUAUUAAGGUUACAGAUAUUGUUAAAUACAAUUAUACUGUAUAUGAGGGAUCAUAAAAUUCAAAAGAAACGAUCAGAUCCCACGUCACAAUUAAACACGUUUGAGUCGAUUUCUUACAAACAGCUCCUCAAGAUUUCACUUGGUCGUUGUUUCGUUUCAAACAGUUGUCUCUUUUUAUUUGUUUCAUGUUUGAAUGCUACUUUUUUUUUAUUUAACGCGUUACAGCACGUCAGCGGAGUACUACUCACACACACACACACACGGACGCACUCUCUAAACCACACCAUGGCUGCAUCCUCCGGCUGUGAUCUUCUCUCAGGCUCCAUGCAGCUUGCCAGCAGUGAGAGAGUCCCAGGAGGGGCAGAGCCAGAUAGGGAAGGGACUGGGGAGAGAGCUCCCCCUCCUGGACAGGGCUGGAAACUCAUCCUGGAUGCCCAGGUCCACAGGAAAGCUCUGGAGCUGCAGCAGAGGAAAGCCGCUGAGCUGAAGAGGAAGCGGGAGGCAGGGGAAAAACUAGAGAGGCGUGUCGCAGUGGACAUGCUGGCCAGUGAUUGGUUCACUCCAGACAAGCAAACAGCACACACCAGGGCGUACCUGCUUGAGGGGCUGCUGCCUACCCUGCUGCCUGGGCUGGAGAAGCUUCUAACAGAGGCUGGGAACAGACAGCUCCUGGAGGAAAGGACUCCAGGGGGGCAGGCUGGGGCAGAACAGGAGUUUAACCCCAUCAAUUACCUGGCGCAGCACCUGAUGAGGAACCACCCCAAGAUCUGCCCCUCGGACCCCUCCCACCCCUACACCCGGGGGCUGAGGCAGGUGCUGCAGCAGCUCAAGGAAGAGCAGGUGGACUUGGAGGACAACCGGCUGGUCCAGCUGAAGCUGCAGGUUCGAGAGACGCGGGAGGAGCGGGUCCGAGCAGAGAGGGUACGGUCCCAGGUGGGGGAGAUGAGGAAGGAGGCUCUGAGGGCGCAGUUCACGGAGUGGAGCCUGGAGCCAGACCAGACCCUGCAGCUCAGACUGGUUCAGAACGCUCUGAGGGCGUUUUUGGAGAUCUCCAGCCCCGACCUGUCCCCAGAUAGCUCAGGAGUGCAGUACGACCGGGAGCUGGACUCCACUGACGACGCUCAGCAGACACUGAAGCAGGAGCACUUUGAGGAGUACGUGUUCAGCUUUAUCGCCGGUCUGCCCACGGAUGAUUUCGAGCGGUUCCUGCUGCACCUUUCCCUCUGCGCUCAGGAUCACCGGCAGGAGGAACACAGGGAGCGCUGGAGACGGCCCUUCUCUCAGCUGUUCCAGGACUGCGACUGUGCAAAGACAGGAUUCCUGGACAGACGGAGGGUUCUGUCCACGCUGGAGGGUUUCUAUGACGGGUGUGACGAGAGUGUGAGAGUCACGCUGCACAACCCCCGGAGCUGGCCAGUUCGGGAUCCAGGCGAGUUGGACUCCACUAUAUUCUGGAACGGCCCCUCCGAAGCCAAAGAGAAAGAGCAGGAGCCUGCGGGAGAGACACAGGAACCCUCCCCACCAAUCACAGCCAGCACAGAGACAGAGCCAGCCAAUGGAGAAGAGGGGGCGGGCGAGCCAGGGGACCCUGCAGGGGAUGAGGGGCGACCCCCGGAGGAGCGGAUUGAGAUAGAGGAGACAGACUCCGACGAGUCCGAGGAAGGUGGCCUGGAUCUGACGACUCUGGGUCUAGGUGAGUGCUGUCUGUCGCAGUUGGAAAGCCAGGGCAGGUUGCACAAAGUUACAGUGCCUGCAGAUGCCCUGCCUGUGUGUGUUUGCCCCCUUGCAGAGCCUGACCCAGAGAGCUUGGGUCCCCACAGGGGGGUGAGCGCCUUCGACCACAGGGCCAUGGACCUGCCUCAGUUCCUGCAGCUGCUGGACACCUUCCUGGGAGAGGCAGCCCCGGAUUACGUUGUGCAGAGCCUGGUGGGGUACCUGCGGGUGGGGUACCGAGAGACGGAGCAGGAGAGGCUCAUGAGGCUGGAGAAGACGCGGAAGGAGGCAGUGUUGGCUCAGCGCCGGCUCGCCCUGGAUGCCUUGUUUGAGAAGUGCGAUAACGAGGGGAGCGGGCUGCUGGAGCGAGGGGAGCUGGAGAGAGCGCUGAGCCGCUACAAGGAGGGAGCCGAGGGAGGGGCCAUCAGCAGAGCGUGGCAGUGCCUGGGCCCCCCGCGCCCCUCUCUCACCCGGGGGGAUUUCCACGUGCUCCUGCAGGCUGUGAUCUCGGAGCUGCCUCCCGAGGGGGGCCAAGAGGGGGGCUUCGACAGGCUGCUGCAGUUCCUGGGGGAGAGCGCCGAGCGGUCCCUGGCUGAGCGCUCCAGGGGGGCCAAGCGCAGGAAGUGGCUGCUCCAGAUUCACCGUGCGGCCCUGACCGGAGGAGCCAGCCUGGAGCCAGUGUACCGAGCCGUGUUCCAGACCCUGCACCGGGAUGCAGAGGCUCAUGGGAACAACAAGCUGAUCAGCGCCUCGAUCGCCCUGCUGGAGGGGAACGAGAGGCUGCGGUACACGGCCUGCACUGCUGAGGACGCCCCCUACGUGCUGAACAAGGAACUGACCAGAGACAUGGCGAAGGGAGUGAGCUUCACCGCAGUGGAUGAUGGGAAGCCUGUGCACGUUCCCCGUGUCCGUCUCCACGGCAAUGUGCAGUUCUGGAACACGCUGCGGCCCGAUGAGGAGCGCAAGGGCUCGUUCGUCGCAGUGCCCCUCAGGGACCCCUGCGGCAGGGCCAUCGGGGUGCUGGGCGUGGAUACCCUCAGGGAGCCCCAGGAGAGGAACAUCUUCCUCCGGCACGAGAUCGACUUCUAUCAGGGAGUUGGUAACAUGUUCAGCCUGGCCUUCCAGCACGUCCUCUCCCUGAAGAAUAUCCUCUGCAUCGUGGACAGCGCCACCUCCUGGCUGUACAGCCGGGCGCCCAGCGUGCGCAGCGUGACCACGUACCUCAUGGAGCCGGCGGGUGAGACGGGUUCAGAUUACACACUGAGGAAGAUGAUGGUUCUGGACAGUCAGACAGGCCGCUCCCGUCUGCUCUCCUCCCCAGCCAGCCUGAGACGCAGAGACCACCUUUUCAGGGACUACCUGUUCAAGUGCUGUGACAGCUCGGAGGCACUGAGCUGCGUGGCGUACGGAGAGCAGCGGGUAGCCGUGCCGCUCCGAGACCCUGGCGGGCGCGCGCUGGGCGUUGUGGAUCUCAGCUGCGGGCAGCAGGGGGCGCUGCGGCCCCACGAGCGCAGGGACCUGCAGGGGAUGGUACGCAUGGUCCAGGCUGCCUGCUGCCAGCUGCUCCGGGAGACUUCCGGGCUGGCAAGGCCAAGCAGGCUACUCGAGGCAGAGGGCGCUGGUGGGGAGGAGCGAGUGGCCCUCCUGUUUCUUCGCUUCAUGCUGGAGGACCUGCGGGGUUGCGUGCGCAGACUCGACCACCAAUCAUUCGCCGAGCUCAAGAGCUACAAGGACCCGCCCCCCGUGGUGCACCAGGUGCUGAGGGCGGUGCUUCUGAUGCUCCACCCACACGGGGAGGAGACUCCCGAGAUUGACAGGUGGAGCCAGUGCAGGCUGAAGGUGAACAGCGAUCUGGUCCGAAAGGUGUUGCACUUUGACCCCACGGCCCGCUCAGUGCAGGUAGAGCGAGAGGACCUGGAAGCAUGCCUAGCAGGUAUUCCCCGUGGAGAGGUGUGGAAGCACGGAUCACUCCCAGCGGAGCACCUCUAUAACUGGGUGUCCGUGUGUCUGUCCCUGCUGGAGCAAGCUGAGAAGCUGCGUCAGUCUCGGGAGCCAGCCCCCUCCAACUCUGACACGCUGCAGAAGGACCCCCCCCCCCGCCAAGCAACAGGAAGGAACUUAAUGCCACCUGCUGCACUGUAGGAGCGACUUUUUAAAAUAGACAUUACUGUUCCUCUGCUGAAUACGGAAGGGAAGCUCUGUGUCUGUUUGGAUGAAUGCAUGUGUAGUAUUUGUAGUUAAUUAACCCAUUACAUACCAAAUACAUUUUUCUCUGAAAAAAAUCUGAACACAAGCUGUAUUUAUGUUAUUUGAUACAUUGCAUUUAGACUAAACUGUAGCGGUUAACAAAAUUAGAGCAAGUUAUCAUAUGUGUUAACUUCAUGCGUUAAUAGUGCCUCCUCUUUAUUUCGCUAUCUGGUUUACACAUCAAAAACUGGGGCAUAUUGAAAAGUCCAUUUGCAAACGGUCCUCACGUAGUAAAAUACAGUGUCAGCCUGGCCUCACCGUGAGUCAAUCGAAUCUGUGAAAGACUGAGGGAGCUCUGUGCAUGAGUUUGCAUUGCUGUGCUAUGAAUUUACUGUCAGGGAAGCUGAAUGGGCCAGGUGCCGUUUUCAUACAGAAAAAAAGAAUCAGAUUUGAAUUCAGCCAGACGUUGAAUGUGGAGCACUCUGCUUCCCAGACUGGGGGGGCUCCCAUUCAAUCAGCACCAAACAGUACUUUUGCUCUAGAACAAAAUGUGCACCUUUUAUUUUCACAGCGAGACACUCCACCUCUAAGAACAAUAACAGAAGUAAUCCUGCCUACCUGUAUCUAGCUAGCUAAACCCCGCCCAAAAAACAACAUUUAAAAAUCACCUUGCUGGGAGUGUUGCAGUAAAAAGUCACACUCCACUCCUCCUCCCCCCGAAGCUGAACUGCAAUCUGCCUGAGAGCAUCAAUCAAUGUGUUGUGGCUGAGAUGAGGGCCCGAUAAGCAGGGAGCUGUCCCGGAGCGACCCGGACGAUAAUUACUUCUCCUCCCAGGCUUGAUGCAGAUACAGAAGCUACGUGCACAGGAAGGCUCUGCAGAUCCUGGCAGGGCUGUGAAAGGCAGUCGUCGGAACACACCGACAAUAAACACGGCAGAUUAGAUCUUUUUAAUAAAGCGUUGUGUCUUUCGUUUUCUUUUUAAUAAAAACGGAAUAUUAAAGUUUA